GAAAGGGGAUGUCUCCAAAAUGCAGGCGCUGUUGCCAUAGCAUUUUUCUUCUCUCUUCCUGCCUACUCCUCCUCCCCCAAAGCAGCAACAAAUGGUGCUCUCCCGCUUUCUUUCAGGAACCGGAUGCAUUUUCAGAAGCCAGGACUCCAGUGGUGUGAUGUCUUCACCACCUAAUCACUGGUAGGGAUAUUGAAGAAGUCUGAGGUGCUAUUAAGUUUCUCAGGACAGAAUCAUCUUUGCCGAUGCAACUGCAGCACAGGAAACAGACUCACGGAAAAUCCGAGCCCUCCCAAGUCUCACUGGACCUCUGCACGAACCCAGCCACCGUCACUUCUGCAACACAACCGAAUUCUUUCAGCACUCGCAGACGCGGACGGCUCCCUCGCCGCGCGAUCCUCCCCUCCGCAGCGAGCGGACUCGCACCAGCCCGCUCGGGUACCGUCCGCGCCGCGGCCGCCCGCGCGCCGAGCUCUCGCCCGCCUCCUGCCCGCUCUCGCGGCCCCCGCGCCCUCGCUCGCCCGGCUCCCUCCGGCCGCCACUUGGAGGGAUUCCCUCUCGGGCGGCCUCUGCAGCAGCACCCGCUGGCCUUAUUCGCGGCCCCGGGAGCAUGGAUCUCCGCAGAAGAGCCCUUCUCGGCGUGAAUGGACUUCGAGUUCUCCUGAUGCUUUUCCAUACAGUGGCUCGAAUCACGGCAGAACAAGAAGUGGAAAAUCUCUCAGGCCUUUCCACUAACCCUGAAAAAGAUAUAUUUGUGGUGCGGGAAAAUGGGACGACGUGUCUCAUGGCAGAGUUUGCAGCCAAAUUUAUUGUCCCUUAUGAUGUGUGGGCCAGCAAUUACGUGGAUCUGAUCACGGAGCAAGCGGAUAUCUCAUUGACCCGGGGAGCCGAGGUGAAGGGCCACUGUGGCCACGACGAGUCGGAGCUGCAGGUGUUCUGGGUGGAUCGCGCGUACGCACUCAAAAUGCUGUUUGUAAAGGAAAGUCACAACACGUCCAAGGGACCAGAGGCAACGUGGAAGCUGAGCAAAGUCCAGUUUGUCUACGACUCCUCAGAGAAGACCCACUUUAAAGACGCGGUCAGUGCUGGGAAGCACACAGCCAACUCGCAUCACCUCUCUGCCUUGGUCACCCCAGCCGGGAAGUCCUAUGAAUGUCAAGCUCAGCAGACCAUCUCACUAGCCUCCAGCGACCCACAGAAGACAGUCACCAUGAUCCUGUCCGCGGUCCACAUCCAGCCCUUUGACAUCGUCUCUGACUUUGUCUUCAGUGAAGAGCAUAAAUGCCCAGUGGAUGAACGGGAGCAGUUGGAGGAAACCUUGCCGCUGAUUUUGGGGCUCAUCCUGGGCCUCGUCAUUGUGGUCACACUGGUGAUUUACCACAUCCACCACAAGAUGACUGCCAACCAGGUCCAGAUCCCGAGGGACCGGUCCCAAUAUAAGCACAUGGGCUAGAGGCCGCUGGGCAGACAGCCCGCAGCCGAUCCAGCCGGGGAAACAGCGGCACUUCCCGCCUGCACGUGGGGAUACACCAACAUAGCUCCAGGCACACUGACUCGGGUACGCAAGGCUUGCUUGGCCUGCAUCCACGCUCACACCUGGGAUGGGGGGUUCUUCUGGAUUCAUGGGGUGAAUGACAUAGCCCUUCCAUGCUGAGAAGUGGGAAGGGUAGGGUCAGUCAGCUUUCAUGCUCAUGGUGGCUUGGCUUUGACUCUCCAAGGAGCAACACAUACAACUCGGAGGAAUAUCUGGCUCUGAAGUGUAAGGAUUGGAACCACAGUUCUUUUGGAAAGACACCCCUUAAAGUUCAAGAGGAACAUUGGAUGCUUUGCUCCCUUGAACACAGAUGGCUUAUCCUAUACUAUCGUCAGCACACACAAAAUACAGCCUCAUGCUCCCUGCAGCAAGACCCCUGAAUGUGACCCAUGCUUCUGGCUGGCGUUCUGCAUGUCUCGUGAUUGUCUCGGGAAUGUUUCACUGCUCCCUGCACCCAGCGAAUUCACAGCACAAGAGCCUGUUUAAUGUAACUAUGCAGAGUGGUUUGGACUUUGUAAUAUGUCAGGUCCAGGUAUGGGGGCCUGAAGAAUCAAUCCAUGUGAGCUUGUCUCUGAAAAUGAAUUAAAAUACACUACUGUCUA